AUCAGCAUAACAAGGCGGAUUGUAGGUUCUGAAAAUGAGUGGCAGUGCGGUGUUUACUUCCACCUUUGCUCCCGCCUCCAUCCCCACCCACCUUAGCGUGCGGACUGAAUCCAGCGGUGGUGUGUCACUGGCCCGGGCAGACACCCAGCCUUGGACGGGCUCCCCUCUGGCAGCCGAAUCCAUUCCAGCAGCUACCUGCCAUGGUCACGCUUUAAUCUGACCAACAGUAACAGAUUCAGGAAAUAAUCCCCCUACCGCCAACCCCCGGUUUAUCUCCUUUCUUUUUCUAGUACCUAAGUCUGUCAUCCUUUUUACCACAGACGUAACCGUUGUCUAGAAGCUCUUUUUCAAAAAUCAGAUCCAAAACAAUCCAAAACAAAGCCCAUCAGUAAAGCAAUAUUGCAGCCAGCAGCCAGGAACGUGUACCUCGGUAAAGGGUGAGAGCCUAAACCCCUGCUUUAAUGACCGAAUUUAAAAUAAAGACUUCCUGCUGCUCGUUAGUGAACAUUUUUACUAUCUCAGCUGCCGGAGAAGCAGCUGCAUACUCUGUCCUGGCGACUGGGGUGGAAGAAAUUAGCCAUGGUCUGGGAUUUUCGCAGAGGGUAAUUUAAGCCCCAGCUCCACUCCCGCGGAGGGGGGCACGCGGGGGGGCGGGGAAUGCGAGGCGCAUGCGCAUGCUCAGCAGCUCAGCUCCGCGGAGGCCCAGCUGCCGCCACCGCCGCGGCCGGCGCUGUAACCGCGGCUACCGCUGCUGCUCGGAGCGGGCGUUGGUGUCGUGUGCCGAGGCGCCCUGUCAGGCGAGAGGGAGCGGCGGGGCGGGAGCCUGGGCGGCGGCGGCGGAGGCGGCGGCGGCAGCGCCCGAGGAAGGCAGCGGGGGCUCUGAAGGAGCGAGGGCGGGCUGGUCCAGCGGCAGAGGAGCGAGGCGGAGAGCGCGGGGACCCGCCCCGGGCGCCCUGCGUGCGAUGCCUGGCGGGCAGCGGCGCUGAGCGGCGGGGAGGCCGAGCGGCGGCCGCGGACGGAGGGCCAGCGACCCCCGGGAGGAGGAGGAGGAGGCAGCGCAGGAGCGGGAGGAAGCGCCGAGGGACUGCGGGGCCGGGGCGGGCGAGGAGCGGCGGGGCCGCGGGCCAUGGACGCGGCGGCGGCGGCGGCGGGGGCGAGCCGGGGCGGCGGCGCGGCGCAGAGUCAGCCCGCGGCCAGCGAGGCAGCGGCGGCGGUGGCUGA